UUUCAUUUCAGGUUUUGUACUUUACAACAGUAUUCAAAGUUGCAGCAGAAGCAGGGUUUUAUGUUUUCUCUCUUUCAAACUCCAAAUUCCCCUCUUUCUCAAUCUCUCAGUUUUCUCUUAUGGACAUGUUUUCUUUCCACAAUUCUUCACUAAAACACCAACUUGUAUUAUUCCAACUCAAAUAACCCUCUAACUCACCCUUUUCUCUUAUUAACCCUUUUUUCCCACUGUAAUAUAACAAAGCACUUUUCUCACACCACAAAGCUGGAGAAGCUAUUUUGUGUGUUUUCCUCCAUGGGGGUCUCUUCUCAGACUAACCCUUUUGGUUUUAGAUCAUCUUACUAUUGUCCUUCUUGUUUAUCCUUUUCUCACUCUUCUUCUCGACCCUUUCGUUUUCCUCUCCAUUCUCUGUCUUUUUUCGCUUCCUAUGGUUCACCCCAUCACAGAAGAAAAGUCCAAUCAAUCCAGAUUGCCAACAUUGUCCAUCUACAUAGCAAUUUGUCUAGUAACUCUCUUCAAUUUAGAGAAGGUUCACAUUGUCUAAAGCGAAUAUCUUUUGGGUUGAAUAAAUGCAAUGACAUGGUGUAUAGUCGUAACUCUCAAAUGCAUAUUUCAGUUAUGAAAUUUUCAACUGCAUCAUAUAAUAUGUUGGAGGUAACAAAUCAAACAAGACAAGAAGAAGAGCUGAGUUCUUUGAGUUCCUAUGACAACCAAGUUAGGCUGAUGAAGUGUUUGGGUUCUCGGGGUUACAGAUUACCCAAAACCCCUUCUCGUAGAAAAUUAUCUGGUGAUGAAACCGGCUGGGCUGAGGCUAGUUAUAAAUUGACUCAGAUCAGAAUGGAAAUGCAUGCUCUCGACAAGAGUAGUUCGUAUCCGUCCAAUACAAAUACAAUUGCUUUUUCGAAUAGUAAAAAACCAACUAUAUCUGAAAAUGAAGGGCACAAUUUUAUGCUGCAGGAUCUACAUGAACCUGACUCAUCUUCUGUUCAACAUUCUAUAUUAAACUCGAAAGUAUUACCAGACACUGAAAGAGUUGACACUGAGUCAAAUGAUUCUUCAUUAGAGUUCAGUGAAGAGAAAAUCGAUAGAGUUAAUGGCAACCACAGUUUGGCUACAACUGCAAAGGACAAAACUCAAGCAAAAUCUGCUGUUGCUAUGAUACGCAGUGAUGAACAAUUGAAACUUCGGGACAGGCUAUGUAGUAUCUAUGAAGACAUAUUGGUUGUUAAUAAUCUUUCUCAUGCGGAGGAAGUAGCUAAGAUGCUUACAGUAAAUUACAGGCAUCUUAUUCAUGCAUGUGAUACUGAGGUGUCCAAGAUAGAUGUCAAACAAGAAACACCUGUAGAUCAUGGGGAGAUAGUAUGUUUCAGUAUUUAUUCUGGCCCAGAAGCUGAUUUUGGAGGUGGGAAGUCCUGUAUCUGGGUAGAUGUUCUUGAUGGUGGAGGCGAAGAGAUGUUAAAUAAGUUUGCCAAUUUUUUUCAAGAUCCAUCCAUAAAAAAGGUUUGGCAUAAUUAUAGCUUUGACUGUCAUGUUAUACAAAAUUAUGGAUUUAAGGUUUCUGGAUUUCAUGCUGAUACAAUGCACAUGGCACGGCUAUGGGAUUCAUCAAGACGUUGGGUUGGUGGUUAUUCUCUUGAAGCACUUUCAGGUGACAAAGACGUCAUGUCUAGGGCUAAGCUGAAUCUCGAAAAGGAUUUGAUUGGUAAGGUGUCGAUGACAACUAUAUUUGGUCAGAAAAAGGCAAAGAUAGACGGAUCUGCGGGUAAAAUGGUUACCAUUGCUCCUGUUGAAGUACUGCAAAGAGAAGAGCGUAUACCUUGGAUAUGUUACUCUGCCUUAGACGCUAGAAGCACUCUGAAGCUUUAUGAGAGCCUAAAGAGUCAUCUGUCAGACUUGCCUUGGAAACUUGAUGGAGAACUUUUACACGGAAGCAUGUUUGAUUUUUACGAGAAAUAUUGGCAGCCAUUUAGCGAGCUUCUUGUCAAAAUGGAAUCUGAGGGUAUGCUAGUCGAUCGACUAUAUCUUCAAGACAUAGAAAAGGUGGCCAAAGAAGAGCAAGAGGUAGCUGUUAAUAGAUUUCGAAAAUGGGCGUCUAAGUAUUGUCCUGAUGCCAAGUAUAUGAAUGUUGGAAGUGAUGCACAGUUGCGAGUACUGCUUUUUGGUGGCACUGCAAACAGAAAAAAUCACAACGAGGCAAUUCCAACUGAGCGGAUUUUCAAAGUUCCCAAUGUUGAUAAAGUGCUAGAAGAAGGCAAAAAGACUCCUUUAAAAUUACGCGCUAUUAAGUUGAAUAGCAUUGGCUAUAACCUGAACGUUGACAUGCACACAGCUAGUGGCUGGCCCUCAGUUAGUGGUGCCGCUUUAAAGGCCCUAGCUGGCAAAGUUUCUGCUGAAUACGACUUUAUUGAGGCUCUUAACAUUGAUCUUGAGGAUGAAGAUGGAAAGCCUUCUGAAAUUGAAGAUGAACCUGUAGAAAUAGACAAUUCUGCUUAUGGAACAGCCUUUGCUGCUUUUCCAACUGAGGAAGAAGGGAGAGAAGCAUGUCAUGCAAUUGCUGCUUUAUGUGAAGUCUGUUCAAUUGACUCUUUGAUCUCUAACUUCAUCCUUCCCCUGCAGGGACAUAAUAUAUCUGGAAAGGACCUCCGUGUUCAUUGUUCCAUAAAUAUCAACACAGAAACUGGACGCUUGUCGGCAAGAAGGCCAAGUCUGCAGAAUCAACCAGCUUUGGAAAAGGACCGAUACAAAAUCCGUCAAGCAUUCAUAGCUGCUCCUGGAAAUUCUCUUAUAGUUGCUGAUUAUGGACAGUUGGAACUUAGGUUACUUGCACAUCUUACUAAUUGUAAGAGUAUGUUGGAAGCCUUUGAAGCUGGUGGUGAUUUCCAUUCCAGAACAGCAAUGAAUAUGUACCCUUAUAUCCGUGAAGCAGUUCAUAAAAAGGAAGUGCUUCUUGAAUGGCAUCCUCAGCCUGGUGAAGAUAAACCCCCUGUUCCUCUCCUCAAGGAUGCUUUUGCUUCUGAAAGAAGAAAAGCGAAAAUGCUUAACUUCUCAAUUGCAUAUGGAAAGACUCCACAGGGUCUCUCUAAGGAUUGGAAGGUUUCUGUUAAAGAAGCUAAGAACACAGUUGACCUCUGGUACAAUGAUAGAAAAGAAGUUUUAAGAUGGCAACAGAAACGUAAAAAAGAAGCUUUUGAAUUCGGUUGUGUUUACACAUUACUAGGGCGAGCCCGGCAGUUCCCUGAGAUAAAUCAAGGUCAAAACUACUAUAAAGGUCACAUUGAACGAGCUGCUAUUAAUACCCCAGUGCAGGGUAGUGCAGCUGAUGUUGCCAUGCUUGCCAUGUUAGAAAUAUCCAAUAAUAAACAGUUGAAGGAGCUUGGAUGGAAGUUACUUCUUCAGGUUCAUGAUGAAGUCAUACUAGAAGGACCAAAAGAGUCAGCUGAGGUUGCAAAGGCCAUAGUUAUUGAGUGCAUGUCAAAACCCUUUAAUGGCAAGAAUAUUCUCAAAGUCGCCCUCUCUGUGGAUGCCAAGUGUGCACAAAACUGGUACGCCGCAAAAUAAACAUCAAAUCAAACCGUUAUGCUGUGCUGUUGUGGGGUUGUUUUGCACCCUUGGUUUCAUACAAAGGCUAUGAAUGGAUUUGGGAGUGAUGUUUUCUCAUUCAGAUUAAGUAUUAGCUGCAUGGUUUCUUUGGUGACUGUAAUCAAAAGAGGGUGCAACCGUAAUUUCUAGAGAUGUGAAUGGUUUCAUUGUGAAUUUUUUGGUGUACAGAAUUUUUAACUUUUAACUAUGUAGAGACAAAAGGCCCAAAAUCAUUAGUGUCAGCAGCAUUUGACUGCAUUUAUUAGCUUUACUUCCAUGGUUUUUAAUUUACACACAUUAUGUCUUCUUGUUUUGUAUCAUGUACCUAUAUGGCUCUAGGGUGUGUGCAAUUAUGUAUCAUUUUGUAUUUUUGUGCUGUAUAUAAAAUGAAAUUUGUCAAAUUCUGUCUUA